AUGCGUUGGCUCAAAGAUUCCAAAUCUGGCAGCGUCAUCAUUGGUGGACAAGGAUGGGGCAAUAGAACAACUCAAUUACGCACACCACGUGAUUUGGCAUUUGACCGUCAAGGAAAUUUGUAUGUAGCCGAUGCAGAAAAUUAUCGAAUUCAAAUGUUCACUAUUGACAAAAGUUCUUGUGCCAAAGGACAAUCUCCAACCAAUAUUUAUGAACGUAUGAUGGCAGUUUAUGGUGAUAAUGCUCCAUCACGUACAACAGUUUUUUAUUGGGUUCGUCGUUUUAAAGACAGACAGUUAAGUAUUGAAAAUGAUCCUAGAUGUGGUCGACCAAUUACUGCAACAGACGAUCAAACUAUUGCAGAUGUUGAAAGUCUAAUAAUUGAAGAUCGUCGAAUUACAAUUCAGCAAAUAGCAGACAUCCUAAGUAUUUCAACUGGUACAGUACACGGUAUUAUACAUGAUCAUUUACAUAUGACAAAAGUUUCUUCGAGAUGGGUACCACAUUUACUAACACCUGAUCAAAGACACGAACGUGUUCAAGCUUGUCAAGAACUUUUGACUCGCUAUUCAACUGCGGGUGAUGAUUUCCUGUUUCGAAUUAUAAUUGGUGAUGAAUCGUUUCUUUAUUAUUAUCAACUUGAUUCAAAAAAAUCAUCAAAACAAUGGAAACGAGCUGAUUCACCACCACCAACAAAAGGCAAGCAAGAGAAGUCGGUGAACAAAGUUUUGUAUUCCUCUUUUUGGGACUACAAAGGAAUAAUUCUCAAAAUACCUGUGCCAGCAGGUGUAACAAUAACGAAGGAAUAUUAUGCAAAUAUUUUAUCAAAUCAACUUGAUCCAGAAAUUAAAAAACAAUGA